AUGGCCGAAGAAGGAGGAGGAGGGGAGCCGAGCUUCCUCGCCAAGAUGGGGGGCUCCUUUCAGACGAUGUGCCUGGGCAUGGUCCUCUUUCCGGUAUCGCUCCUUCUUAUCGGGUACAACGAGAAGAGCUACAUGUGUGUCCACAAGAACAUCCUGUAUGCAUCUGAAAAGGCUGAGGUGCUGAACUGCCAUGACAAGGGGCAUUUCAUACCGGACAUGGUCGCUUACGUGGCCUGUCCAAUCAAGGAGGACAGCCUUAUGCACUUUACGCCUGACUCAUUUGGCUCAGCGUCCCUGGGAGACUCAAUCCAGUUCAGGUCAGUUGCAGGAGCUCAAAAAGCAGAGAUGUUCCAGUGCGUGCAGUCAGUGAGAGAGGAGGUGCAAAAGGACAAGACGAAGAUCAAGGUCUAUAGCUAUCGCGCCGAAUGGCGAAGCUCCCACGUUGACUCCAGCGGCUUCGCAACAACGCCACAAGCCAUGCACGCGAAGCGACAAGGCUGCCCAGGUUUUACACACAAUCCAGCGUGGCCACAAGAUGUACCUGAACAUGUAUCGGGUGCGAUGGCGCACUCGAUCCAACUGGGUCCACUGACGGUCGGCAAAGACCUUCUUUCAGGUGGUGGAUCCGGCUUUGGUGGGUUGCAUGCCGAUAUGAGUCGGCCGAUUCCCCUGCAGAGCUUCGCUCACAAGUUCAAAGCUGUACAUACUUUGAAAAGCCCGCCAGUGCAUGGCUAUGCCUCCAUCGCGCCGCACAACACAGCAAUUGGAACAACGGGGUCGUACAUCAUCACGUGCAGUGAUCAGAGGAUUGGCUGUGUGCGUAUCAGCUACUACAAGAACUGGGACACCGGGGCAUCUGUGAUCAGUGCAGUGCAAGGAGGUCAAUCUGUGCCAGUAGACGUCCCCGCCAGCUGGGGUUGCUCCGCAGAUAAGUAUGAUGCGCUGAGUGGGGGAGUGCAGACCUUGCAAGCCUUUUCCACUGCCUUAGAGGAAGCCAACACCACGAGCACAUGGAUCAUGCGCUUCGUUGGCCUCUGCUUUGCCUGGAUAACGGUGUAUUGCUGCUUUCAGCCCAUUGCUGCCGCAGCUGAUGGAGUUGGAGACUGUCUGAGGAUGAUUCCGUGUGCUGGCAUGUGUUUGGAAGAUAUGCUAGAGGGCGUUGUAGGGGCGGUGCUGUGCGUGGUCUCCUGCUGCUUUGGCUGCUCCUGUGGGCUGCUCGUCUUGGGCAUCGUCUGGCUCGUCAUGCGGCCCCUGAUCGGGAGCGCCAUGGUGCUGAUCUGUGGCUUGCUCUGUGCGGGGGCGUACUUCUUGGCCAAACAGAGCAAGACCAACAACAAGGCGAAUGAUGCCGAGGGGGAGCGGGAGCUGCUGCCUACAAAUGGUCCAGAAGGGGCAUGA